UAAGUUUAUAGAAUAUUUAUAAUAAAAUGUUUACUUUGUUUUACUUGUGUUUAAUUAAACAUUAACAAUACUUUUUACAAUCGACGUUAAUAUAAUGACUGUCAUAUUUGAAAAAUGUGUCUUUUCAAUCCAAAGUUUCUUUUAUUUUUCAUUUUUUUCUCAAAUAUAUUUACUAUUUUUACUUCCAGGUACAUUAUGCAUAAUACCAGAAGCAAGUCAAGAAAGUAUACUACAACCCUUUAAAAGUUAUUCAGACGUAGCAAUGUUUCAUUAUAAUGUACCAAAGGAAGUUUUCAGAGCAACAUGGCAAUUUGCAGCAUUUACAGAUCAACCAAAUUGUCCACAAAGGAAGGUGCAUAUACACUUGAGAUGGGGUAGUUACCCUGUCCUACCAAUUGAUAAUAUGACAACAUUUCCAACAAAUAUGUAUCCACUUAAUAACGAUACAUUGGUUAUUUCAACCGAUACUUAUUUUGAGCCUGAAAGUAUAGCUGUUAUACCUGUUUAUGGACCACAAGCUGGUGAUUGGUUUGUUGCUGCAUAUUUAUCUCCUUGGGAUAAAAAAGUUCAGCAACAAGGCCUUUUUCAUAAAUGUCAUUAUAGCAUAGGUUCUAUAGCUUUAUGGGUAGAAGCAAGCGCUAUAGAAAAUGUACCUGUUGGUUAUCAAACCACAUUAAAAACUAAAGAAACGUCUUCUUAUUACAAAAUAUAUGUACCAUCUGGAAUAUCAACUUUACGUGUCUACAUUUGGGGAUGUAAUUUUACCGUACAUUCUUUACGCAAUGUACAUAAACCAUGUAUUAAAAAUGUAGCCUUGCAAGGUCGUGUUUUACCAAUAUUUAAUAAUACUCCUCCAAGCAAUAUUGGAAAUUUAACCAUGCUAGAUUCUUAUAUGUUUACCAUAUUUUCCCCAUACGAAGAUAGUUAUUAUUACUUGUUAAUUAUCUCAGAUAGUAUUGUAGAAUUUAACAUCAAAGUUAGUGUUUCAGAAUGUCCUAUUAAAUUAAUGGGAAAACAAAAUGUAGAACAGUAUUCAUUGAUUACUGAACAAUUUACACAAAUAUCUGAAACAAAUAUAAAACAAAAUCAAACCACUGUUUCGAACCAUAACAGAAGUUCAUUUUAUAAUCUAAUGGAUCUACGUACAAAUCAGUUUUAUAUACAAACAGAAAAUUCUAAUACGGAGGACAAAUGUUUUCCAAGAUAUCAACUUGUCAGAGUUAAACAUUCUCAAAUAUUUUCCACGAGUUAUUUAUUGCAAGGAAAAGAAUGGUUAACUCCAUGGUUGGCUUUAACGGACUCAUAUCCGGUAAUAACGCAGUUUAAUAUUUUACCUUUUGUAGAUAUCGGAGGUACUCUUGACAUUAAUAUUCAUUUGGAGAUGUAUAAGACGAUGACAAAACAAUUAAUUGUUGUAACAGUUUGCAUUCAAAAAGGUCAUGCAUCUAAUAUAUUAGAAAAUAAAAUUAUAUGUGAAGAUGAAAAAUUAUUUAUGAAUUUGUCUUCGUUGAAUAAACAUGACGAAAGUAUAUUAAUACCAUAUCCACAACCGGAUACAUGGUAUAUUUCUUUGCAAGCGACAUGUUACUUAAAUAAUCAUCCUGUAAAUUGUGAAAUGGAAGAAAUUUUAGUAUCAUUGAAUGUUCAUAUAAGACAAUGUGUAUUUCCUGGUAAAAAUUCGUGUGGUCGUAAUGGGAUUUGCCAAGAAAUUCAUAGAGAUCUUCUUGUCUAUACAGCUUGUAACUGUCAUGAAGGAUAUAAGGGAUGGGGUUGUACAGAUAUAAUUACAACAAAUUCUGGAAAUUCUGUUAUUACAAGAAUAUUAAUGUUAACAUUAAGUAAUGGAUUCUUUAUACCAGCUAUAUAUUUAGCUGUAAAACGAGAAUUUUAUACAGAAGGAUUGAUUUACUUAUCUACCAUGUUAUCUUCUGCUCUUUAUCAUGCCUGUGAUCAACUUACCACGAAUUACUGUAUUACUAAAUUUGAAGUAUUACAGUACUGCGACUUUUUUUCAAGUAUAUUAGCUUUUUGGGUAACACUUGUAGCCAUGGCAGAAUUACCUAUUCAUUUAGUAUCUUUAUGCAAUAUGUUUGGUGCUCUUCUAAUUGCAUUUGAAGUGCAAUCUGAUAGAACAAGUUUAAAUAGUAUAUCGAUACCCUUGAUAAUAGGUAUCAUAAUACCAGUUGGAACAUAUAUAUAUCGUAGUUACCGUACAAAAAAUUGGAAGAGACCUAAUAGAUUAUCAAAGCUAUUAAUAGGCUCACUAUUAGCAGGAGUAGGUUUUCUGCUUUUUUCUAUGAUUGAGACAGAAGCGAAUUACCAAUACAUCCAUAGCAUAUGGCACAUGAUAAUCGCUAUAUCUUUAUUAUUUUUGUUACCGCCUGCACGGACACAACCAUUAAAUAACUCAAAUAUUAGUUCUUCCAGUGAAGAUACUGAGUUGUUAGACUAUAAAGACUAUCUCGAUAGUCCAGUAUUUACAGUGAUAAAUGGUCAAGACAAUUUAUUAAUUGCCUCCAGGUAAGAAAAAAAAAAGAUAAAUUUGUCAUUAAAAAUUUAAUUAUAAUUACAUUAUGCCAAAAUAAUAUCAUUACUAAUGCAAAUUAAUAAGAUCUCUGUUAGCAUAGGAAUAUUUUCUGUUUAUAACAAGGAAAAUUAGAACGUGAUAAAAUAUUUAAAUAUAAUAGAAAGACUGUGCCUUAG